CAAUUUUUGACAUUGACAUUAUUUAGUUAUCGAGUAUUGACUAUUGAGUGGGUCUUGAAUAAAUUACAAAAAAAUUAAGUCUUUGUACAGGACUACAGGCUACAGGUUGUAUCCAGUAGUUUCUGACUGUAAGUCUAGACUUGUAUAAUAGGUCCAAAUGAAGUAUUGAUUUUUAAAAUGGAUAAAAAUUACAUUAAAAACGUACUAGAAGGAUUAAAUUCCUCGUCAUCUAGACGUAUUCAAGAUAGUCUUUUAAACAUUAAAUCUAAAAUAAUAAUAAAUGAUAAAGGAAUUAAAUUAUUUCGUGAUUGUGGAGGCUUAAACUACCUAUUGCCCCAUUUGCGUAAGCCCAAUGAAAGUAUACUAGAUAUAACACUAAGUAUAUUAGGAAACUUGUGUUUGGAAGAAAAAAGUAAUGUUUUGAUUGGAAAAUUAAAUAGUUACGGGCCGCUGGUAACGAUAUUGAACACGGUAUGUCGAGAUAGUAUCCUCGGAAGGACAUCUCGCGUUAUUGGUAAUUUAGCACAUAACCAAAACAAUGCAGAAAAUUUACAUUGCCAUGGAGCUGUCAAGGCAUUAGUUACCCUUAUCGAGAAUAGAGAUAAGAACACGUCAUAUGCUACACUUUCGAUGGCUGUGAGAGCCAUUCGACAAUUAUGGAUGAUAAAAGAAAAAAGAAAUGAAAUGUUAAACCUGAAUGCAGUACGAUGUGUAUCAGUUCUACUCACGACAGAGUGCGAAAGCAUCGGUAUAAUAAAAUCUACUAAUGUAGAUAAAGAAAUUCAGGAACCUAAAAAAAGUCAAGAGGAACUUAUAAACGCUAUACUGAAAUGCUUAGGAUAUUUUACUACAUAUCCCGUAUCUAGUUGUGCUGAACAGAUCCAAGGUUAUGGUAGCGGAUAUCAAUGUCUUGUGGCCCUAACAAAGACCCAUGAAUCAAUAGCUCUUAAAUGCUUAAUGAAUCUAUGCUACCUCUCUACAUGCCGACCUUUGUUAGGUAUAGCUGGUCUAGUCGAAUGUUUAGUGAGCAUACUUCAAAAACACUCAGACGUGUCGUGUUGGCCCGAAGGUGCGGCGAAGGCUCUCGCACAACUGAGCGGGGAAUCCGUAAAUCGAUCACGUUUACGUCGCUGUGGAGGCUUACCCUUACUUGUUGCAGCCGCAAGAGAUCACCCACACGCUAUGCACGCACUCCUGCAAUAUGUUUUUGAUGAUACAUCUUUCCAAAUACUGAUUCACGAAGGUCUCGUCGGUCUGCUCACUGAUAAACUUAAAGAAUAUAUUUUAACAAUGGAAUAUGACCAUAAUCUUGAAAGUGUGGAACCUGGAAGUUCUACUGAACCAUUUAGACGCAAGCAGAGACCAAAAACAGAACCGAGUUCCGUAUAUGAUAUGGCUUUACAAAAUUUAACUACAAAUAAUCUAGGUGCAGGUUUAUUUACGAGACGAAAAAGUCUUUUACUAUCGGAAACUGGAGACGAUUUAAAGGUUGUGAUUGAAAGAGAUAACAUGAUUGUUGGAUUCGUUGACGCCAUCGACAGCGAUGGUUCCGAGGACAGUGAUAGUGAAGAAGAAGAGUCGCCUCCACCGCCCCCGUCGCGUAAAAAAGGACUUAAAAGAGGGCGGUCAAAAAGUCCGAAAAUGGUUAAAAAGAAAUCCCAUUUAAUAAAAAUGGCUAGCAAGGACUGGUCAGCAGGGGUAUACUGGGAACCAAAGAGUCCCGAAUGGCCAUCUCUUUAUCAAUCGUUUCCUACAGACAUGAGUCCCAAUCGAGACAAAGGUCAUAUGUCUCCAAUAUCAGAUGGAAAUUUUUCUGACUUUAGUCCUGAACACAGAGGAUCUUCUAAUAAACGCAAUCGAUGGGAUUGGAGCCCUGAUUCUGGAGCAAGUGGUGGGGAAGGAAGUUCAACAUCUCCGAACCAUUCCAACUAUCAGUGGAGUCCUAGUAGCUCCGGUCCAUCCUCUCCGUACAGCACAAAUGAUGAAAGUUCGGAUUCGGAGAUAUCUGGACGUUAUUCGCCGGUCUGCAGUGAUUCAGAAAGUGAUUCAGAGAAUGAAGAAAAGAAGACCGUUAGCAAUUUAAAAUCUUCACAAGUUGCUCAAGAUUUAGAUGAACUUAUGGACGACGAAAGUAAUGAUGAGGAGCCCCCUUCAGAUGAUGUAUGCAAAAUAGAUAUAAACUCAAAGACAUCAGAAAUUGCCUGCGUGAUGGUGCUGCUAUUUCGUGUGUCCCACGGAACAUGCACAACUUGCGGUAGCAUUCGCGAUGACCCUGUUCCUAACCAACCCAUGGAUUUGCUCACUGGCAGGGAAUGCCUAAACGGGUUGCUUGAUUAUGUGGAGAGGUGUAAGCGACCAAUGGGCCGAGCUGCACGAAUACUUGCUAGAGUUCUAAGCAAUGACCUAUGCCUAAUGAGUAUACUGAGGCAAAGGCUAGCCCUAAGGUUACACUAUAUGUCUGUAAACUCAAAGCACCCACCCACUCAAUGCACGCAAUGCAAACAAAUUAUGAGGUUGAGCUCAAAAUUGUUGUCUCAAUUGACAUUGAUAGCCGAAUCGAGUUUUGGUAUUGGUAAAAUCAGUUACCAUUUGUUGAAAGGGAGCUCAUCCAUGAAGCAAACACUUUCUUUGACGCUACCUUACGUUGUCAGGACUGAAAAAUCUCUGAAAAAAUAUUUGAUAGAUUGCAAUGGUUUGAAUUUAUUGUUUAACAUCAUUGCGGAAUCCAAAGAAGAUAUUCAAGACUGUGUAACAGCUUUAGUAAAGCUUGCAAACAAUGUUCACAUUAAGGAUCCUAAACUUUUGGAAAACAGAUACAAAGGUAAGGUUCAGGUGAAUUAUGAUCCAAUUCUUGAUAAUUUAUCACCAGAAGAUAUAGUUAUCUUUCAGUUAGAUGACUCAACAACCGUAAGGGCCAAUAAACUAUUUUUGUGUCAGCAUUCUGAUGUCUUUAGUGCUAUGUUAAUGGGAAGAUUCAAAGAAUCUGGUGAGAAGUUGGUACGUCUUAAGAACGUAUCAAAACUUGCGUUAGAAUAUUUAAUAACUCUUCUUCAAUGUGGAUUAAACAAUCCCAAAUGUGAAAUUGAAAUUUUCCCAUUGGCUGAAAGUUUAGAAACAAAUUUGGAGGUGUUGCUAUUGGCUGACAGGUUUUUGUUUGAAAAGUUGAAGGAAUUGUUAAGUAGCGCUAUAUUACAAUUUAAAUUGGCACCUAACACUGCAGAUAGAAUCUAUAUUUGGUCAUUGAGUGAAGGUAUGGGAUUUUUAUGUGUCGAAGCUGUAGCAUAUUUAUUAACAGGGCGAAUGUCAGAACAAGAAAGACUUAAAUCAUUUCAAAACAUUCUUAAUCUACAAUUCAAAGAUCAGUGGUUGGAGGACAUUAAGUCAAUGAUUGUAAGGCAAUUGGUAAAGUAAAUGACAAGACAAAUGUGUUGCAAUUAUUUACAGUUACAUGACAAAACUAAUUUACGUAUUAAAUAGGAUUGAAGAAGACAAACUAAAUACUUAAAUUAUUGGUGUACAUAUAUCCUAUAUUACAUUUUAAACAUAAUAUAUGAAAUAUAUUCUCGGAUUCUUGCCUUUAUCAACAAAGUAGAUUAUUCUGGAUUUCUUUUAUCAGACUAAGAAUUAAGUAGUUAUUUGAAUACUGUGUAAAAAAAAUAUUAAAAUCAUAACCAUGAAUGUAUUGUCUCAAUGUCAAGAGUGUCUCAAUGUUAUUAAUUAAAAACAUGUCUACAUAGUAGUAGUGUUACAGAGUAUACGUCUACAAUAUAACUAUUAAAGGGUGUCUUAACAAAACUACAGUAAAAGCCAAACAAAAUUGAUGUAAAAAUUUCGAAAAAGUAUUUAAAACUUUUUUAACAAGUGUUUUGAUUCAUUGAAUUUGAUAUUUGGUAAGUUUAGGCACCCUUAAAAACAUUCCAUAAUCUUGAUGUAUUCAAAUCAUAUUUGUCUAUAUUAUAUAUUUGAAAUUAUGUGUAUUAAUGUGAAAUCAAUGGGGUAAACAAUAAUAAUAAAUGUGUUACUGUAUUAUCUCUGUAUUCAAUAAAUCAUAAUGAAAUAAAGAUGAAAUACAACA